AUGGCGCUGGUAUAUGUGCUAUACGCUCUUAUGUCCAUUCAAGGCAUUCUUUUCGCCCUGUUUUUCACGGGAAAAGGAUAUGUGAUUGGCAUGAUUUGGGAAAUAGCCUGCGUUAUACUACGAGUUUGGCUCUAUGUGUUCGAGUCGGCGAUGAAAUGGAUUUUCCCCCCACAGAGAAAAAACAUUCGCGGAGAAAUUGCUUUGGUGACGGGAGCAGCGAGCGGAAUUGGCAGACUAAUUGCUCUUGGAUUGGCAGCCAAAGGUUUGUCUUCUACCCGUCAAAUGAAUAUUACACCAUGAUCAGGCAUAAUGCCCAUGAAGCGAGCUCGCCCUCCAGACUUGAAUUUCUCCCACUUUAAUUUUUCAACUAGAAACUUAAACUGGUCUUUCAUAUAUCUGGGAAUUAAAUCGUGACAGGUUUUCUUCGGGGUUGAUUUAAAUUAUCUCUUGUAGUGCUGAUCGGACUUGAUAAAUUGAAAUAGGGUAAUCCUCUUCAAAAACAGUGAACAGUAUUUAAACGAAAGUGCUGGAAGAAAACAUCGGGAAUGACUGAUAUUUUCACAGGGCUAAGUAACCACUGAUGUUAGCUCAGUCAAGGAUUAUAUUCUCACACAGAAAGUGCUGUGUAUUUAACAUAAUUAUGAUCUUGAGCAGUUCUUGGUGUGUGGAAUACUGCCUAAAGAGGAUGAUCGUCAAAUAUCAGAGAACCGAAUUUUAUUGAAAACAGUUGGUUAGGUGACUUUUAUUUGCCUUAACAUCAAAGAUUUCAGUUGGAACUUACUCCAAGUGGGCUGCUGCCCUAGUCAAGCCUAAAAUCAUAUUGGAAAAAAAUAGGAAUGAAAUUACCGGAUGCUGAUGCCAAAUGGAAAAGAUUGAGGGAAACCACAUACCCAUAAAAUAUAUUACUAACAGUAUAUAGUAAGAUAGAUUUUUAAAUGUAGGUAUACAGUAAGGCCCAUCAGAGGAAUUGGACAUUUUUAAAGGAAAAGUGUAAAGUGGUCAAAUUUUUUUAACAACGGUGGCCUCAAUUGGUUUGUGCGGUCGACUCCAGAUCGGGUGGUCUGGGUUCGAGCCCUGGCUGGGGUCGUGUUGUGUUCUUAGGCAAGACACUUUACUCUCACAGUGCUUCCCUUCACACAGGUGUACAAAUGAGUACCAGUAAAUGUGCUAGGGGUAACCCUGCGAUGGACUAGCAUCCCAUCCAGGGGGGAGUAGCAAUACUCCUAGCCACAUCAUGCUAAGAAAACCGGAGUUAAGCACUGGCCCCAUGGGCCACUUAUGCCCAUAUAAAGGCUUACUUACUGCUUACCACCUUUCCACUACUUAUGCCCCAAUUUUUUAACCACUAUUAUCAAUUUCUAAUAAAGAACUCUAUCAUCAUGAGGAUAAUUUCAACAUUGGUAAUGAAAUCUUUAUUAUGCUUGUUUGAAAGUAACUGGGAGAGAGUUGUAAUCUACUAUUGGUUCUCAUUAGAUUUCAAAAAAAGAGAUCCAUGUAAAUAUAUGACUUCAUCAGACUAUCUGAAUCUCAAUUCUCUGCACUGUCUGCUGUACAUUUUGUAUAAUUUUACCUUUGAGAAUUUAGUUUUUGAUCAAAAAAAUAUCCUUUAUUCAAUGUAUUUCAUCUCAUCACCUUUCUGAUUGAAAAUUUACAUUUAUAGUAACGAGAAAUUUCUCUUUGGUCAGUCAUGGUAGUGAAAGAGUUUAUCAGCUUCAAUUUGAUGUAUUAUGUAGUUUAAUUCUGUUCUUUUUCUUUUUAAAAAUUUAUUUCCCUUUGUUCUUUUAUUGAAAUCUGGAAUCUAGAGAUCUGGGACAUUGAAUGAUGUUGCCCUACCCCUUUCAAAUUUUUUGAUUUACAGCUCUGUAGUAGUCCCUCCCUUUAACCUAGAAUUUGUUGCAAUGUACUCUCACUAUCUGCAAGACUAGUGUGAACAAUUUCUGACAUGCAACACUAUUUUACUUGAAAAGAAGAGCCAAUAGAGAUAAAAUUUUCUUAACUUAGUAGAGAAAAUUUAAUAUCCAAAUGUACUUUUGUGCAAGAGAUUUAGCCAACUUUAGGGGAGACCAUGAGAUGUGCCAUGUAAAUGUAGGGAAUACUCCUUUAUAAUGCAGGAGAGUUGGCAUACAAGAAUAGAUGUCUCUAUGAGAUGAAUCUAAAAUUACUAAGCUAAGAAUAAAACUGAACCAUGAUCAACAGCAAGUCAUGGUGAGGAAAAUCAUUAAAUUUUUUUUUUCAGGUUGCAAAUUGGUGAUAUGGGAUGUCAAUGGUGAUGGACUUGAGGUUGUUGCCAAGGAAAUAGAAGUGGCUGAUGGUGUGGUGCACUCUUACAAAUGUAACCUGCGAGAUAGGAAGGAAAUUUCCAAGACAGCAGAGAAAGUGAAGGAGGAAGUGGGUGAAGUUUCCCUUCUCAUUAAUAACGCUGGUAUCAUAACAGGAAAGAAGCUUAUGGAUUGUUGUGAUGAAGAAAUCUCAGCCACUAUCGAUGUAAACAUCUUAUCACAUUUCUGGGUGAGUUCUUUUUUGUCUAUGGCUUAAAAUUAGGUAGGUUAGUUGUGCAGGCAGUAGUCAGUACUUAAGUAACUGCUCCAAGGGCACUUGUGUUAUUUCAUGAAACCUUAAAUUUAGAGGCAACAGACUCUACUUCUUAUUUACCCAUUCAUUCCUGCUAGAGGUGACCAAGACAGAACUUCUCCUAACAAUGCCACUUUAUUGUUAAGCAGAAAAGUGAUGAGAAGUAAGAAAAAGGUCAGUUACUGAGAGAUAUUUGUUCUUUUGCCACCAAAUUCUCACAGCUUAAAAUUAAGAAAUUUAAAGAAAUGUCAGACAGACAUUGCAGAGAUCUAGAAUUAAUAUUUAGCUGUUGAAAGUGAAAGGGUUAACCCUUUGACCUGGAAGAGUGAUUAGCAUUUAAUUUUUUCCUACAAUAUCACCCCCAGAUCACACAGUAAGGUCACAAGACAGGGGCAGAUCUAGGAUUUUCCUUAGGGGAGGCGCACCACAAGUACCAUAGGCGCAAGCUUUCUAGGGGGGUCUGGGGGCAUGAAAAUGCAGAGUUUGUAAUUGGCAGCCUCCAAUUCACUGCACCUACGGCUCAGCCGCCUAUUUGUCAUUUACAACAAAGAGUUGGGCCACAACUGAUGCUGGUUACAUCUUGAAAGUUGUCUAAAGUUGUCUGAUAACAUUUUUUAGAAUCUUCCUUAUAGUGAGAGUUUUGAUUUUAAAAAACUCAGUUCAGCACUAAUAUUAAUUUUUGGUCCACCUAAAAGGGGGGGGGGUACAGGCCCCCUCAUGCCCCCCCCCCUGGAUCCACCGCUGCAACACUAAGGGAAUUGAUCACCAACUAAAGAAGCUCUUGAUCGUUAAACAAUUUCUCCUUGUCAGCACCUUUGGAAAUGUAUAGAGAACAGUAUGGAGAAUAUGCAUACUGAUGUUAGGGUGUAAAGGGUUAGGAGGAGGUGGGAUGGUGCAGUGGUGAGAGCACCUACCUGACCUACCUGACCUACCUCCAUAUUUGAUUCACAGACUUGAUGUACAUUAAGAUUUAUUUUGCUCUUGAUUUGGAUCCUUACUUCAAAGCAUUUCAAACAUAAACAGGAAGAUCUCACUGUUAUUUACAUGGACUUUUAUCCCAUCUUCACUGGAUCUAUGUAACUUAUUCAUACAUUGAAAACAACACAUGUGUAAGAUUUUUGUUUAUUCAAGAAAUAGAAAUAUUGCAAUUAUUAUUAUUAUUAUAGUAUUUUGUGAACUGCUGUCUCAUGUUUUUAAAAUUUCCUUAUGUUAAAGUUCUUUUCUCCCUCAUUUAGACUAUUAAGGAGUUCCUUCCAAGCAUGUUUCAACAAAACCGAGGCCACAUAGUAAGCAUAGCAUCUAUUGCUGGUUAUACUGGUCUUGCUGGUGCUGUUGACUACUGUUCAUCCAAGUUUGCAGCUGUUGGUCUGAUGGAGGCAUUACGUCAAGAAUUGUUAAGCCAGAAAAAGACUGGUAUUCAACUGACAACAGUAUGUCCUUCACUUAUAACCACUGGAAUGUUUGAUGGAGUUAGGUUCAGGUUGGUGAAGUUUCUUAUGUCGCUAUAUGAGAAGUUCAUAUGUAUAGGAAGAAAAGUAUCCUCCUGCUUAGUUGUAAUUACACCUUGAGGGAAGCAAUCAGAAAGGGCUGCACCUCAAACUCUGUCUUCCCCCGGCAUCCCCUCCCCUCCCACCACCACCUAACCCCUAGAUUAGAUUUGUCAAGUCCUUACUUAGGUAGAAAGGAGGGGCAAGUAGGUAAGAUGAGUUCAAAGUCAUGGUUGAUAUGCUUGAUGAAGCAGAGUUGGGAGAAGGGAAAGGUGGUAGUUCUCGUGCUGUGAAAGGAGUGAUGCAGCUGUGAGGAGGAAGAGGGGAACAAAAUAAUAAGACAUAAUAAUUUACAAGAUAUAUGUAAGUUUACAAAAUAUGUGAUGAAAGGUGGCUUCUGUGUACUUCGCACAAAAACUUAUUUGUCAGAUGAUACUACAACUGCACCCAAUUUAUUACAUUGGAAAUUAUUUCUGGGUUUUUAGGUUUCCUAACUUGGUAGGCUUUGGUACUCUUACUCCACAAUAUGCCGCAUCCAAGGUCAUUGAUGCUAUUGAAAAGAACCAAAUUCACCUCACUAUGCCUCGAGGUGCUUAUUUAUCAACAGCCCUACAACAGUAAGUUUUUCAGUUUAGUUCAUGAGCUCAACAAUGGCUUGGGCUUAUUAGGCAUUGUAGUAAGAUUGCCAUAUGUCUUGACUUCCAAAUGUCAUCACAUGCAGCUCUUGCUAACAAGACAAAUUGCCUCACUAACUCUAGUCAAACUGACCCAACUUUUAUGUAAAUUUGGUUACACCAAAAACAAUCCUAUUAAUUUUUUGCAUUUGAAAUCUGUAGGAAACCUGGAGAGAAUUUUCAUACAAAAUUGCUUUUUGCAAAGAGAUGACACAUAUUUUUUGAUGUCUACAUAACUUUAAAUGAUGGCCUGAGGUGAUUUUAACCUUUCCAAAGGUUUCAACAGCAUUCACUACAUGAUGAAAAGUUGGUGACCCUGACCCUGACACAACUCAUAAUUACCUACAAAGUGACACUAAUAUUGUUUCACAUUUGAAUAGAUACAGCGCAAUUUUCAUACCAGUUUAAAACCAUUAUCAUAGGUAAACACCCCAAUACCUUGAACUAGAAACCUUCUAUAAACCCAUUGUGACAAUGUUCUUCCCUUGUUCUAUCCUCCAGUAUCCUACCAGAGAGAGCUACAGACCUGCUGUUGACCUUCCUUGGAGCAGAUGUGGCAAUGAACACUUUCACAGGGCGGCAAAAAAAUGACAUCAAUGAUAAAAUGUGAAGUUAGAGCAACCUUUCAGAAAUAUAUUUUAGCAAAUCUAUUAUUGCAGACUAUUUGUUCAACAGAAGGGUGGUUAAGACCUUGUUUGCACUAAGAGGGGUAACCUAGGAUGGCCAAACAAAAAGACAGC